AUGGCUAGACAGAAGUCUGGCGGGGACGCAGUACUUGAUUCGCUGAGCGAUAAUAGCAUGUCGUCGCCGGCUCAAAACUCCACGAUCGAUGAGAAGGCUUUGAUCAGGAAGAUUAAUCGACGAUUGCUACCCAUGCUAUUCAUCAUCUACGUGGCAGCAUUUCUUGAUCGGGUCAACAUCUCCAAUGCCUUGACUAUGAGUUUGCCAAAAGAUCUAAAGCUCGUCGGCAAUCAGCGAAAUUUAGCCUUAUGCAUCUUCUUCGUCCCUUACGUUCUCUUUGAGAUACCUUCCAAUAUAUUCAUGAAGCGAUUCAAACCUCGUAUAUGGCUAUCGGGAUGCAUUCUUGCUUUUGGUAUCAUCAUGCUCGCUCAAGGCUUUGUCACAAGCUACAGUGGGCUCCUAGCGACCAGGUUCUUUCUUGGCCUCUGUGAGGCUGGUAUUUUCCCUGGAAGCUUCUAUUUGAUCAGUAUAUGGUAUAAGCGAGAGGAGUCAUUAAAACGCUUCACGGUUUACUGGUGCUCGGUCCUCACCGCAAGCGCCUUUGGAGGUCUUCUUGCCAGCGCCAUUCAAGAAAUGGAUGGUCUUCAAAACUUACACAAUUGGCAAUGGAUCUUUAUCCUAGAAGGUGUUCUCACGGUUCUUAUCGGCAUCUCUGCAUUCUUCCUCAUGACCGACUUUCCUGAAGAUGCAAAGUGGUUGACUGAAGGAGAGAGAAAGUUUGUCAUUGACAGAGUGGGUGGAGUGGGUGGUAUUGAUAAGGAUCAAACCAUUACCACUGGCGAUGUAUUGAAGUUUUUCAAAAGUUUUAAGAAUGUUCUUGGCGGUCUUAUGUAUUUGUGUGUUGUUCCAGUCUACUCUUUCGCAUACUUCACACCCACAAUCAUCAAAACGUAUGGAUAUUCCGUUGUCCAAACCCAACUGCAUACAGUGCCACCCUUUGCCGCCGCACUCGGACUCUGUCUCGUCACAGCCUACGCCUCAGACCGUCUGAAAUUCCGCUGGCCAUUCGUGGCAUUCGGUCUUAGUCUCGCAGUCACUGGACUCGCCAUCUUAAUGACCGUUCACCAUUCCUUCUCCGCCGAAUACGCCGGAAUUUGUCUCGUCGCAAUGGGUGUUUUCACAGCAGGUAUUGCUGUUGUUUGUUGGUAUGUAAUGAACUUACAGGGUCAUGUCGAAAGAGCAAUCGGCACAGCGUGGAUGAUUGGAUUCGGUAAUUCGGGUGGGAUUGUUGCGACAUUUGCAUUUUUGGCUACAGAUGCUCCGUUUUAUCAUACGGGUUAUUCCAUCUGUAUUGGGGCUAUGUGUCUUUGUACGGGGAGUUGCAUGCUCUAUGGUCUACUGUGUGUGUACCACAAUAGAAAUCUGAGAGCAAACGGCGAGAAAGAGACAAAGCUCUAUUCCUUGUAG